AUGAUUCCCACCUUGGCGCGGCUAGCCGGGUCGACCCGACAGGCGAAGAGAGCUCCUGUUGCGGCAUCAGAGCUGUUCAAGCUGUACAACAACCUCUCUACUCAUUACAACGUUCCGAAUCUCGUCUCCAUCUCCGUCGACGUGCCAGCUAAAGGAGCGGUCAAUCAUCCGGGAGUUCAAGAGUUUGUCAAGAAACGCUUGCCAGGAAUCGUCUUUGCUAAUCCUAAUGCCAAAUUUGAGGUGAUCAGGAGGACAAAGGAGGAGUUGAUUCAGAAUGAUGAACAAGACGCAGCGAACCAAUCGGCGGAGCUUGGAUUGCGACCGUACUUGCUCAGAAUCCAAUUAUGUGAGUGACUUCGGAGAGCGGCGGCCAAGGCGAGCGCAUGUAUGCCAUGUCUGGUGGACAUACGCAGCACAGCGUCUGCCCCGUCUGUUCGGAGUCCAGCACUACGCCACACUGCGAUGUGUACACAGCUGCUUCUGACGAUCUCGGAUACUCCUCCCGCACCGUAUCGUGCAGUGAACAAGGAUACGAGGGAAGUGCAGCUGCUAAGCCAUAUGAGAGGUGAGUCUGCAAACAAAGCACCCGUAGCGCCCCGACUCUCCUCUGACGCAAACGACCUCCACCUUCACGACACAGGCCAGGAACUCUGGCACAGAGUGUGCAGCAUUCUGGGCGUGCCCGAGCGGCCACCUCGAGCCGUUGACUCCGCAUCCUUGUUCGGGUCCUCAAGCAGGCCAUCCUCAGAGUACGAAAUCAUUCGCGCGAGGGAAGAGGAAGAAAGGCAAGGAAGAGAAAAUGAAGAGAGAGUCAGAAUUGCUAGGGAUGCUGUAGAGGAAGAGGGAAGAAGAUUAGGGCAGCUUCAGGGCGAGUUGUCGAGGGGCCAAGGUGCGGAUAGGUAG